GUUAUCGAGAUUCCCAUCCCAAGUUCCCAGUAUGUACCGAGCGUCCGCGGAGUCGACACGUGUUUGACAUAAUGCCACGUUCGUAGCGCGACCUGUUGAAGAUGACUCGUUUAUUGCUCGUGUCGGCGUUGAUUUCGUACAUAUGUUAUGUACAAGGACAGUCACUAUGCACAACACCAAAUGCACAAAGCGGUGUAUGUAUAGCUUUGAAGGAAUGCAGUUCGCUUAUAGGAAUACUCACAAACGCGAACAGAAAUGAAGCAGAUAUUAAACUUUUAAGAGAUUCGCUCUGCGGGUAUACGAGCACCAACUCACCAAUGGUGUGUUGUCCGUCUCAAAACUCUGACCCGGGCGUGGACCUGAGAUGCUUCACACCACACGCGCAGGACGGCAUCUGCGAUGAUAUUCUCAAAUGCCCUGCAAUUGUCAAAUUGCUCAGCCCGCCUAUAACCACCGAGAACUUACAGUUCGUCAGAAACUCCAGAUGCGAAAACGCAAAUGUACAGAACAGUGUGUGUUGCGGACCAGGUCCUACCACAGUGACAGCUCCAAGCAGGGCCUGCGCACCAACUGCAGCGCCCCCCGACCCCCGCACCGAAUGCUGCGGGCUGGACGGCUCGUCUGGCAAUAAAAUUUUUGGUGGCAAUGCAACUGCAAUAGAUCAAUACCCGUGGCUAACGAUCAUAGAAUACAAGGGAGUAAGAGAUGAGAAAAUCAAGCUUCUAUGUGGUGGCGCGCUAAUCAGUGGGAAGUACGUCUUGACGGCUGCCCAUUGCGUUCUUGGCCCAGUACUGAGAAUCGCCGAACCUAAAAACGUUCGCCUCGGAGAUUACAAUAUCAACAAUGAUGGACCAGAUUGCGUGGACGUGGAAGGUGGCGGGCAAGACUGCACAGAGGGCGCCAUCGUAGUGCCCAUUGAGAAGAUCAUCCCCCACCGUGGCUACGACCCUAACUCACCCCUCCGACGACACGACAUUGCUUUGCUGAGGCUGCAGACAAUGGCACCUUAUGGUGACUUCAUAAGGCCCAUCUGCUUGCCCACGGCCGACGUGGCGUUGGCUGACCCCAGGCCUUUGCUGUACGCCGCCGGCUGGGGCGCCGUCAGCGAUCAGCAGAGUUCCAGCAGCGUGAAACUCCACGUGGAUCUUCCCUUUUUUACACAAACGGAAUGCCAACCGUCAUACAACGUAGCCAAGCGGAAAGUUGAGCUGUGGAAUGGACAAAUCUGCGCUGGUGGUCAGAAAGGCAAAGACUCUUGCAAAGGAGACUCCGGCGGACCUCUCAUGUUGGACAACGGAAGACUGUACGAAGUGGUAGGAGUUGUGAGCUUCGGCCCAACUCCGUGUGGAAUGGAAAACGUCCCUGGCGUUUAUACGAAAGUCUACGAAUACAUGCCCUGGAUAAGAAGCCAAAUGAAACCCUAAUGGACAAUCUUAAUAAUUAGGAUAAUAUAUUUUGUUAUAAACUUUAAA